AAUAUAUUGAUUGCGGAACCCAGUGAGUUUAAAUAUUUAAUUUAGAUAUAAUUUAGAGAAAAUGGCUCAGAUUAGUCAUGCGUAACAUUUUCUCUCAUGAACAAUAAUGCAAACACUGUCAAGAUUGCCAUUGUAGUGAAUGGUGCCCAUGGAACGAAUGGUGCCAUUAUUAACGUGAGACAACGAAAAUACCAACGCAAACCUCUCCUGUAUUCUGACAUUCCAAUACUUCAGAGUUCAACUUUAUCUGAAAGUCAAGAGCGAGAGAAGAGCACGACGUGACCAGAAGAGGGCGCGCAGGACACAGUAACGGAGAGGAAGUGAGAUGCUCCCUCCCUUGGACCCUCAUCUGUUCUGACCCUCUCCUGACUUCCUACACUUGGAGUGCACACAGUUCGCGCAGCUGACCCUGAAGACCUGAGACUCUGCUCGCUAAGACGAGUGGUCUCAUAGUCAUCGUAAAUUAGGGGUUCCUCUCAUUGCUAAUACCUUGUGGAAUGCUUAAUGCCUUAAAGUAUCUAGACAAUGUGUAUGGGAGUGUUUGUAUGUUGAUUUAUGUUCUAAGAUGUGCCUAUGGAACAGCUAUAAAUUUAUUCACAUAAGACAUGACCUAUAAGUUUUGCUGAAUAGUAGAAUUCUUGACUGAGUGGUCAGACCACAUUAUAUUGGUUGGUCCUUUAGUGAUUUAUAAUUAGUGUUUUGAUAUAUUAGGUAAAACCCAGAUGAUGUACGGGUGAUUAUAUGCAGUAUGUCAAGUCCUCACUGAUAUAUGAGGUGUAGUUAUGUGCAUGACCUGAUUUUGGAAGUAUAAAAGCUGAACCAAACUGACCAGCUUUGCGCUUUCCGGCUUCUGUAUAUUGAGGUUGGUUGCCCUUUAUCCUCCACGGAGGAUAAAGUAAGGAUUUUGUUUCUGUCAUUUGUCUUUUGUUUAUUCUACCUUUUCACUGGAUUUUAUUUUAUUAAUAAAAGUGUAUUUUAUUACUUUUCUUCAACUGGAGUGGACAUUGACUUCAUUUUUCAGCACCCAUCAAGAGUUACCCUGUGUGCGCUUCGAUAACGAGCUGUGCUGCAAGAAGCAAAGAACUUUGGUGGUGUGUUUUCUCGAGUAAAAAUGGAGAUUCCGAUCGUGGAUUUCAACGUGUACGAACUGGGAGAGACGAAUGUGUCGGCUGAUAAGUUGGAUCAUUUGAGUAAAGAAGUGAAAAGGGCCUUCACUGAUGUGGGGUUUGUUUAUCUGAAAAACACAGGAAUAAGUCAGGAAGAGGUAGACAAUGUCAUGGGUGUUUCAAAGAAGUUCUUCAGUUUGCCAGAACACGUGAAAAAGUCUUUCAGCAGGGGCAGUUUCCCAUGUAACGAGAAUCACGGCUGGGUUUCGGUAGAAACGGAAAGUUUGAACCCUCGGCGUCCCGGUGAUUUGAAGGAGGCGUUCAAUACAUCGACCUUGAGUGCAGAAAUUAAUUGGCCUUCAGAAGGAGUUGCUGAUUUCCGAGAUGUUCAGGUUUCAUUUUUCCUGCGCUGUAAGGAACUUUCUCUUCGAGUGCUGCGACUGAUGGCUCUUGGUUUGGGUCUGGAUUCUGAAGUCUUCCUUGAUGCUCACAAGCUAAUUGGAAGUGAUGUGAAUAGAACCACACUACGGUCUCUGUUCUACCCUCCUGUCAAGAGCACAAGUGUGAAGGAAAAUCAGCUGCGAUGCGGUGAACACUCCGAUUAUGGCAGCAUCACUCUGGUCUUUCAAAGCCAUGAAGGUGGACUGCAGGUUUUAAGCCGGGCUGGUGAUUAUAUUUCUGCUCCAAGUAUUUCUGGAACGGUUCUGGUUAACAUUGCAGACAUGAUGCAAAGAUGGACCAGCGACAUCUAUGUGUCUGCCGUUCAUCGGGUUUUGCUGCCCCCUGCAGGAGACUCCAGCACACGCCAGUCUUUAGCCUUUUUUGUACAACCCGAUGAUGACGCCAUGAUUUCCUGCUGCGAUGGAUCAGAUAAAUAUCCUCCUGUUAGGUCACUUGAUUAUCUUUUAUCAAGGUUCAGCGAGUCUUAUAUUAAAAAAACAGAUCUGGCUUGAGCUCAAUUUUAUGAAGCAUGUUUAAAAAAAAUCAUGCUAUGAAUAAUUUAUGGUUAUAAUCAUUAGAGAACAUUGUUGACGCUGACAUAAUUUAAUAAAUUUUAAAGAAAUUUAAACUACAAAUCAUACUCUUGAAACCACAAAGGAUACUCAAACAAGCCAAACAUUCUCAUAUAUGAACUCAAUUUCUGCGUGUUUUAGAAAUGUAGACAUUUUUGUGGCUAUUUUAUAGACAGUGUUUUGUCAUUUGUAGCAUGAUAGUGGCCACAUAAAGCUGUUGAUUAUUCACUUGAAACAGUGAUGGUAUAAUUACUGAUAUCCUGGGAUGGAUAUCAUGACUUCUACAAAUUUGUUUUACACCAGAAUAUCUUUAGCA